UGCAGCUCUCGCGACCAGCCUCCUUUUCCAACGUCACAUUGUGCGAGAGACAAAACCCGGGCGCGCCGGAGCUCACACGCGCACGCACACACAGACGACCCUGUCGCCUCUUCUCUCCCGGCGCCGCCGAGAAAGCCAUUCCUCCCCUCGCUGCGUGGAGCGCGGAGGCUCGCCCAGCCCGGAGCGCAGCCCAGAGCCGACCCAGAAGGCGAAGAAAGCCGGCGCACAAGCCUUCUUUCUCCGCCCGCCUGCCCGGGCUGAGACGUCCCAUCCCCCGCCCUGAACUCCGAUCUCUCCCACCCCACCCCUCUGGGUUUCAGACGGACGGAGCCCGGAGCCGGGUGUGCCCCGGUUUGGAGUCCACGUUUCAGCACUUCGGACAGCGCCCGGGCGCCCCGGCCCCUUUGGGCUGACUAUGGCGAGCGUUCAGCAAGGCGAGAAGCAGCUUUUUGAGAAGUUCUGGCGAGGAACCUUCAAAGCGGUGGCCACCCCGCGUCCCGAGAGCAUCAUUGUCGCCAGCAUAACGGCCCGCAAGCCGCUGCCAAGGGCAGAGCCCCAGAGCAGCCCCGUGGUCUCAGCUGAGGAUGGACCCUCAGAAAAGCUGGGUCAGCGUCUGGCCACAGAGGCCUUGGGCACCAACAGCUGGGAGAGAGACAAGGCCUUUCGGGAGCUGUGUCCCACCAGAGCACACAGUGCCUCCUGUGACAAAGACUUGACCCCACCACCUUCCUCCAGGGGGAAGAAGAAAAAGAAGAAAUCCACUAGGAAGAAGAGAAGGAGGUCCCCGUCCUAUAGCCCAUCGCCUGUCAAGAAAAAGAAGAAGAAAAGUUCCAAGAAACAUAAGCGACGCAGGUCAUUCUCCAAGAAGAGAAGGCACAGCUCCUCUAGCCCAAAAAGCAAAAGAAGGGAAGAGAAGAGGCACAAAAAACAAUCUCGAAGCCGGCCCCGAAAGUCUCACCGCCAUCGCCACCACCGCUGCCCCUCCCGGUCCCAGAGCUCGGAGUCCCGCUCCUCGAGCUGUGAGAGCAGGCACCGCGGCCGGUCCCCCGAGGAAGGGCGGAAGUCCCGCCGGAGGUACUCCCGCCACUGCUCCAAGACCCUCUGCAAGGACAGCCCCGAGGCCCAGCCCAGCCACCCGCCCAGCCAGCCCCUCCAGACGCCCGGCUGCCUGUCCACCAGGGGUGUAAUCACUGGGUCGGGGUCUGCUGCUGACCUCUUUACCAAAACAGCCAGCCCGCUCACCACCUCCCGAGGACGCUCCCAGGAGUACGACUCAGGCAAUGACACAUCCUCGCCACCCUCCAUGCAAACCAGCUCAGCCAGGUCUCGGGGCCAGGAGAAGGGGAGCCCCAGUGGAGGCCUAAGCAAGAGCCAGGAGCUCAACAGUGGCAACACCUCCGAUUCAGGGAACUCCUUCACCACUUCCUCCCCCCAGACCAAGGGGGCCAUUUUGGAGAAUCUCUCCCCCACCAGCAGGGGCAGAGAGUCAAGAGGAUUCCAGUCACCAUGUCUGGAAUGUGCUGAAGUGAAGAAGUCCAGUUUGGUCCCACCCACAGCCAGGAGCUCCCCCAUGAGAGAGUGCUCCCGUAGCUCCUCCUAUGCCAGCACCCGAUCCUCCAGUCACUCCUCCCGAUCUCCAAACCCCAGGACCUCUCCCAGGUACACCCGGAGCCGAUCCACCUCCUCUGAAAAAAGGUCCUACUCCCGCUCUCCCAGCUACUCCUCCAAGUCUGGCAAGAGGAGCCCCCCCAGCAGGAGCUCUCCGUCGCGCCGCAGCCCCAGCUACUCCCGCUACAGCCCCAGCAGGGAGCGGGACCCCAAGUACACCGAGAAGGACUCGCAGCAGCGGGAGCGCGAGCGCGCCCGUCGGAGACGUAGGUCCUACUCGCCCAUGAGGAAGCGCCGGAGAGACUCCCCGAGCCACCUGGAGGCGCGGAGGAUAACCAGUGCCCGGAAACGCCCCAUCCCCUACUACCGGCCCAGCCCCUCUUCGUCUGACAGCCUCAGCAGCGCCUCCUCGUGGUACAGCAGCAGCAGCAGCCGCUCGGCCAGCCGCAGCUACUCUCGCAGCCGGAGCCAGAGCCACGGCCGGAGCCGGAGCAGGAGCAGGAGCAGGACCCGCACUAGCAGCAGCUCUAGCUCCCGCAGCCCCAGCCUGGGCUCCCGGAGUCGGAGCCGGAGCCGGAGCCGGAGCCAGAGCCGGAGCCGGAGCCGGAGCUACAGCUCGGCAGAUAGCUACUCCAGCACGAGGCGCUAAGCAAGGGCCUUCCCUUGAGCCAGCUGCCCGCGGGGGUCCCUCUCGCUCUGCCAGCCUCCCCCACCACCUGCCCUCCCUGCCUUCUCCUUAGUGACAGAUAUUGAGGGCUCCUGGACCCUGUCCUUCCUGCCUUCCUGGGGAGGAGGAAAAGAGGGUGCCAGGAGCUUCACCACCUUUGUCAAGCUGCUAGGAGCCUCUGUACCAGCACCAUUCUGGGGCUCAACUCAGGACUGGGUGUGCGGGGAGAACCAUCCUCUUGGUGGCACAGGAAAAAAAACCCUCAAGGUUUUGUAAGAAGCAAUGGGUCCAUGACUGAAAAGUUGGGGCCUGGCCAGGAAAAUGGAGAGACAGCUCUCACCUGCUGCUUGCAGGGUGCACACAUCACAGGAGGCCAGUGGUAACCCCCUCACCUGCCCUCCUCCUCCCCUCGUCCAAUCUCAUGGCUGCACGUGGAUGGACCCCCAUCAGGGGAGACCAAGGGCAGUUCUGGUCCAGGAUAAGGGGUCAGCCCUUUAACAUCCUCAAACAGGCGGGAACAACAGCUAAAAGACUUUUGGGUCCCAGAAGAAGGGACACACCUGAGUAGGGGACAUGGACAUUUGAGUUGGUGGUGGGUGUCAGGAGAUAGGACAUGGGUUCUCAGCUAAUGAGUAUAGGAGCAGAAAGGAAAGGCCAGUCUGCUGCUCCCAGUAGCUCUGCAAGGUCAGGGAGAGGAGCCCAGCAGGUCCCAAUUAGGGAGAGGCCACUACAUGGCUCACACAAAAUGCCUUUUGGCUGUUCACAGGUGCCCUGCAACCCCACGAGAAGGGAGACAGUGGACCAGUCAGGACAGCUUGGUUUAGAGCCCCCACUUCCCAAAUUUGCCUCGGCCCCACUUGCUGGCACCAACUUCAUUCCAUGGGACCAUCUGCUGCACAUUCCCCAGUGCCAUGGCCAGUUGCCAGGUGCCAGCGCCAGCCAGUCUGGCCUUACCCUCUGUUUGGCGCCUGCCGGCCCCCUCCCCACUGCCCAGACUGCCACGCCCUGGAUCCUACCCAGGCAGCCUGGCACCUACCCACCCACCCUGCAGCCUAAACUACUCCCCUUGCCUCUCAGGAAUUUUGCCAGGAUGGGGCACAGCAGCUCAGGUUUGGGGGGAAAGACCCAAAUCCAGCGCCCAGGGGAGAGGGGCUUGGAUGCCCCAUGUCUCGAGCUCCUGCUGGCUCCUGAAGUUGGGAAAGACCCACCUUCAUUUCCGCCCUCGCCCCACCUUCCCCCUGCCCAGGGCUGGGCAGAAAGGGUAAGUUGAUCUCUGAGAUACACAAAUACCACCAGCUGCUUCAUCCACAGAAGGCGCUGAGAACAGGGAGGUGAGGAAUAGGAUCCUUAAAAUAAACUCCCGGGCAUCCCCCUCACCAGCUGACUGGCUUUCCGGAGCCCUGUGGGUGAGUUUCGAGUUUGUGGUGGCAACAGCAGCAGGACAGGACGUGGAGGGAGAGAAGGAGAGAGGACAGUUCCCAGAUAACUAUGGAUUAUGGGGAAGCAGGACCAAACAUUCUGUAUCCCUCCCACCCCAGGGAAAACAUUUGGAAAAAAUACUCGUUGUUGGAAGCGGUGACCUCUACCCCACCCAGUCUUUCCCAUCCUACCGGCGCGUGGGGCCAGAGACUGCCAUGCAGCCCUCCAGAAAGCCCUUUCUCCCUCAGGAGAGAGGAGCAAGGUGGCCCGGGCAGCAGUGGACGACCUGGCCUCCCCACAGGCCCCUCUGGCCCCAACCUAAGCCCCGCCCACCAAGACUCAUGGAUGCCAAUGCUGUCACCGCAGAAGGCCAGAUGGCAGGUGCCUGGGACAGGGGCCAGUGCCCCGAGAGGGCAUGUACCACAACUGUAAAUAACCCUCUUCCCCGCCCAGGAACCCAGACUGGACUCCAGUCUCCCUUCCUGGAGACAGAGGCUUCUGGAGCCACCAGACCUCCUCAACAGGACAGCUGUGAGAGGCGUUCGAGCCUCCUGUUCGAGACUGCCUUCAUUCAGACAGCUCUAGGGGACCACGUCACCUGGGGCUCCUAGCAAGUCUUUUAUUUAUUUUAUUUAUUGAUCUGUUUAUUUAUUUAUUUAUGUGAUGACUUUCUC